AUGAUCACAAACCUCGUGGACGAGUACGAGAUCCUCGACCAAUACCACUCGCAGCCACGGAAGCUCAAGAUCAUCCACGUCGGGGCCGGCGCGUCGGGUUUGUUAUUGGCCUACAAGGCUGAGCGGCAGCUGCGCAACUACGAGUUGAUCUGCUACGAAAAGAAUCCAAGCAUCGGUGGAACAUGGUAUGAGAACAGAUACCCCGGCUGCGCGUGCGACAUCCCCGCCCAUACCUACACCUACACCUUCCGCCCCAACCCGGAGUGGUCGGGCUUCUACUCGCGCUCGGACGAGAUCCAGACGUACUUUGAGAAGUUCUACGAAGAGUACGACCUCAAACGCUACGUGCGGCUGGACACCGAGGUCGUGGGCGCCACGUGGUUCGAGGAUAGCGGUGAAUGGGAGGUUGAGCUCAGGAACGGAGAUAGGACGUUUACAGAUCGCUGCAACGUCCUGAUCAAUGGUUCGGGCGUCGUGAAUAAAUGGAAAUGGCCCGCCAUCGAGGGCAUUUCUUCCUACAAGGGCAUCCUCGCCCACAGCGCCAACUGGGAUACCUCGAUCGACUGGCAAGGCAAGAAGGUGGCGGUGCUGGGAACAGGGUCGAGCUCCAUCCAAAUGGUGCCCCAUCUAGCCCGAGGAUCUCAGAGCUUGACCGUCUUUGCUCGAAACAUGACCUAUAUCGCCCCGCAGGUCGCCGCCGACGCUCAAAAGAUUGACGAAAACUCCCAACAACCAGCCGCGGUCGGGAAGCACUACUAUAUCGAAGCCGAGAAGCAGAAAUUCCGCAGUGAUCCAGGGUUCCACCUGCAGUAUCGCAAGAGACUCGAGUCCGCCUUGACCGAGAUGUUCCCCAUGUUUUUGAGGGGUACCAAGCUGAACAUGCAGGCCAGGGAAGGGAUGCGAGCCAGCAUGCUGGCCAAGAUCGGACCGGGCCACGAAGAGUUGAAGCAGAGAUUCAUCCCGCAGUGGUCCCCGGGUUGUCGAAGGCUGACCCCGGGGGAAGGGUAUCUCGAGACCCUGAUCCUGGACCACGUCAAGGUGAUCCACGACGAGAUCGCGCGGUUCACCGAGACCGGGCUCGUGACGGCCGCUGGUGAGGCGUUGGACUUUGAUAUCAUCGCCUGCGCGACCGGUUUCGACAUCGCGUACACGCCGCACUUUAAGAUCACGGGCGUCGACGGCGCCGUCAUGCAGGAGGAAUGGAAGGAGACGCCCAACAUCUACCUCAGCAUCACGGCGCCCAAGUUUCCCAAUUACUUUGUCGUCAAUGGGCCGACGGGGAAUUGGGGCCAGGGAUGUGCCCUGCCUUCGCACGAGGUCCAACUCGAGUACGCCCUCCAAUGCUGCCGCAAGAUGCAAGAGGAAGGCAUCCGAGCGAUGGAGCCGCGGCAGGGCCCGACGACGCAGAUCAACCAGCAUCUGGAUGCGUGGCACAAGAAGUACAGCGUGUGGGCCGAGGAGUGCCGGUCGUGGUACAAGGACAACAAGCCCGACGGCCGCGUCUACAUCUGGCCGGGCAGCCUGCUGCACCACCUGAAGACGCUUCGCAGCCCGCGUUAUGAACACUACGACCUGCGCUACGAGAGCGACAACGUCUGGGCAUUCCUGGGCAAUGGGCGAACGGACUUGGAGUGGGAGCACGACAACGGCCGCCCGGUAGACCUGGCGCCGUAUAUUCGCAACGCCGAUGUGCCGUGGAGUUUGGACCUGCCCGUGGAUGUGCCCGUGAAAGGUGCGGAGCCGUCGCAACAGGCGUGA